ACGCCCCCUGCACCGGAACAGGAAGAGGAAGGCGGGCAGCGGGGCUCGGCCUGGCAGUGCUUGCUAGGCUUCUGCGCCGGUGAGCGGACGCGGCCUCGGCGCUCCGGGGGACACCGGCUCUGCGCCCUUGGAACGGGCCCGGUACCCGUCGGCUACCGGAGGGGACCCGGUCUCUGAGCUGGGCCGGCACCCCCGGAGGGGGCGGGCGGGCGGGAUGGAACUGGACGGGCUGCUGCUGGAUGAGGAGGGCACCUUCUCCCUCAGCGGCUUCCAGGACUUCACGUUCCUGCCCAGGCACCAGCAGCUGAGCGAGAGGGUGCGGAAGCGGCUCUAUUAUGGCUGGGACAAAGACUGCAGCCUGGAUAAUCUCUCCAGCCCCGUGGCAGAUAUUGCUGUGGAGUUGCUACAGAAAGUGGCUCCCAGCCCUAUUCGCAGACUCCAGAAGAAAUAUGUGUCUCAUGUAUCUCGGGAAGCCUGCAUCUCACCCUGCUCCAUGAUGCUGGCACUAGUUUACAUUGAGAGACUUCGUCACCGGAACCCUGAAUAUCUCCAGCAGAUCUCGUCUUCAGACCUCUUCCUGAUCUCCAUGAUGGUUGCUAGUAAGUACCUGUAUGAUGAGGGUGAGGAAGAGGAGGUGUUCAAUGAUGAGUGGGGAGCAGCAGGGAAGGUGGAUGUCCAGACCAUGAACACGCUGGAGAUGAACUUCCUAAGCGCAAUUGACUGGAGUCUCUACACAGACCCCCGGGAGCUGUUUGAAGUGCUGAGCUGGCUAGAAGGACGUGUGGCAGAAAAGCAGGGCAUGUGGCGUGGCUGGUUCACCUACACGGAUCUGUGUGUCCUCAUGGAGCAGACUGUGUGGCAGCAUGUGCUUGGCCAGUUCUACCAGCGAGUGAUGAAGCUGGCCUGUCUCCUGGGCGUGGUGUACCUGACUGGCUUCGCUGCUGUUUUUGCCUCCGUCACCGUGGUGCACCGGUCCAUGUGCACGAGGAGCGUCAGCCCCACAGCCCCCCGGCCUGUGCUGUUCCCUGAGGAGAGCAGUUGCCAGCUGGAUGCCCAGCCAGCCCCUGAGCAGCCCCAGCCCGAGCUGCCUGAUAUUUCCCCGGCCAGCAGCACCCACUGCCUGGGGAAGAAUGAGACGACCGAGGAGCCGCGUCAUGGGGGUGUCACGGCGACUGCGCUCUACCUGUGGGGCAGCAUGAUGACGGCUCUAUCCUACCCGAAGGCGCCUGAUCUAGCCCUGCACAGGAGCCCAUUGCAAAGCACCUUCCGGAGAGUUCCUCCUGCGUGUGAGAGAUCUAACCGUACCGCACCUGGCCAGCCUGGCCAUUUUGGACUUGCCACGCUCCCAGCUCCUCUGGCGCUCCACUGCCCUGCCUGCUCUGCUGGUGCAGGCCCUGUGUGGGAUGCAGCCCCCAGCCGUAAGGACUGGCUGGAUCCGCUGGGGCUGAGGCAGUGCUCCUUGCACACUGCCAUGGAUCUCAGCAGAAUCAAGAGCUUCAUUUUCCCCAGCUAGGAGCAUGGGGCAGCAGCCUCUUUCCCCUUCCCUUCUGUUCUGGCACAACUCACUUCCUUGCACUUCUGGGAUCCCCAUCCCUGAGGCUGCGGGGGCCUGGAGGCUCCUGUAUUACUUUCAAACCAGCAUUUGUGUCUCUCCACCCAGGGCAGGGAUGUCCCUUAAUUUGGGGGCUCCUGGGGCAAGUUGGGGCAGAGUUGACUUGCUGUUGGGGUGCUGGGUUGGGAACCUACUAGCUGGAGGGUAGAAAUGAGGUGCCUUUGGGCUGGGGUGCUGGGGCAAGGGGGGUGUUGUACCUCUUCCUACAGCGAGUGGGUGGCCCUUGGUGGUGCUGGGCAGAGGUGGGAUGUAGGAUGCUGGGACUGUGUGUGCAGGGUGGACAGUGGGGCAGUGACCCCAGUGGGGGGACAGGGUGCUCCAGGAGGAGGUGGGGUGCCUGGGGGAGGGCAGAGAAGGUUGAAGGAGCGGGGUGUGAGCAGCCUGAGCUGGUUGGCCAUAGCGGCAAUUUCCCUUGAGGGCUGCCACGCCACUUCUCAGGAGGCAUGAGGGUCACACCAGGAGGGGAGCCCAGUGUGGCUGUGUCCCAGGGAAAGGUGGUACUCCACUGAGCUUGGAGGUGGUGAGGUGUGGUUAAGGCUGAGCUUCCUUAUCCUGCUUGCAUUGGGUGCUUUGAAACUGGGGUGCUCCGUGACCUCAUCCCAAACUCCAGCAAACAGUGUCUGACUGCUUCUUGAGGUGGGGAGAAGGCACCUUGUCUUGCUAACCAGCCCAGCUCAUUGUGCCCCUUCUUUUUACUGUGGAUUUUACACCUGUUUUUCACUCUUUUGUAGAUGCAAAUCUCUUCCAAUAAAAGUAGUUCUUGUCGUGCA